AUUUCCCAGACACCCACCUCAACUCUUCGUCAACCCCAGACGAUUGGUUCACUGCAAGGUAAAUCUGACCAAAUCCCAGGUUUCUCUUUUCCUGGGACUUGGUGAUCAUGACGACGUCACAUCAUACCCGUACCGAAAGAAGUCUCUGAUGCAACUAGGUCUAUGGUCCAGUUCUUGUCUUGGGCUAUGCAAGAACAGUCAUAUUAUUAUGUCACGUUGGGCUGAAUAAUUUGUAUUUAAAAAGCCACAGAAUCUCAAACUACGAAUUCGAGAAACCAUUGAAUUCUGAACUUUUUGAGACAUUUGGACUAAUUGACGAGAAACGAAGACUACCGUGAAAAUGACGACUCUUCACUAUUUGCCCCCCGUGAAGCCCUCAGCUAUUGCUAUGGGUACUAUCUUCACCCACACUGCUUCUUUGGGUAUUUUGGCUCCCGUCUUCGGAGACACGUACCAUCGUGCCCAAGCAGCAAAUUCGAAGGAAGAAUUCAUUAAAUCCAAGGAGGCUGCCAGCGCAGCUGCGGCCUGGGGUAGCUCUUUGGUUGGAAGCGCUGUUCAGACAUAUGGCGUUGCAGCUUUGAUCAAUGCAACAGGAACUUUGAGUUACAAGGGAGCAGCUUAUUUGGGAAGCUUGAUCUUCAUGGCUAGUUCUGCACCAAGCUUUGUUAGCCAAAUUUUCACGGAGAAGAGGCCUCUCGACACUGUGGCAGUCGGUGCUGUUGCUAGGGUGUUUGAAACUGUUGGCCUGAGUUUGUUCCUCACCUGGUGGGGUACACGCACAAACCCAUUUGAUUAAAUAGGCUGGCUGUGCUUUGUUCUUGUUUCAUCUAUAACUAUAUCUAUCUACACAAUUAUGGGCUUCAGAUUGAGCUUGUUCAAGGAAGGCUGCAACUGAAUUUCCCGGCCCAUGUUUUAGUGAAAAGGCAAUAUAUAAUCUAUUAUUCUCAUUUUAGC